AAAAGAAGUAACAGUUUCACGCACUCCCAUUUUCUCUGAAAUCUACACACACAAAAUGGACUCGACGCUGUUAAUGGAAGACCAAGACCACGACCACGACCACGACCAUGGAAGGAAGAUGGAAUGGGCAGGGAGGGAAACUCACUUGGGAGGAAUACCUCGAAAGAUUGCGUUCAUGGCGGUCGGUGGACUCGCCAAGCUACUCGCUUCCUCUCUCAACUCCACCUCUGUUCACAAUCCCGAAACCCUUCUUCGUCUUGUUCGAUCUCGCCCUCCCGGCGUGCCUCUCAUCACUAUUUCCAAUCACGUGUCUGUCUUGGAUGAUCCUCUUCUGUGGGGAUUCCGGGGAUUUCCUUCCAUGGAUUCCAAGCUCGGUCGUUGGGUAUUGGCUGCCAAAGAUAUCUGCUUUACUAACAACCUCUCUUCUUACUUUUUUCGAAUUGGGAAGUGCAUACCUAUCACAAGGGGUGGUGGCAUCUAUCAAGAACACAUGAACGAAGCUCUUGAGAAAUUAAGAACUGGAGCAUGGCUGCAUAUAUUCCCAGAAGGGAUAGUUUCCCCAGAAGAUGCACCUAUAAGACGAUUGAAAUGGGGAACAGCCAGUCUUAUCGCUCGUGCAACAAUAACGCCAAUAGUUUUGCCAAUUGUCCAUCGUGGGUUUGAACAGGUAAUGCCUCAAAGCGCUCCUUAUGGAAGAAGACCUCUUCUUCCAUUAAGCAAUAAAAAUAUUAGCAUCAGUGUAGGGGAGCCAAUUGAAUUCGACCUUCCGAAAAUGAGGCAGAUGGCUACUUCUCUAUCUCAUAGUAUUUCACUCAAUCCUUUACUGGGAUGGCCAAGCACCCCUGAUGGUUUGGAUGAGGCAGCACAAAGAUAUCUCUACUCCACAAUCUCGGAGAAAAUCCAAACCGCCAUGGAGAGCUUACGAGUUCUUGGUAACGAUGAAAAGAAGUUGACCGAAUGGCUACGGUACAAGGAUGAUCUUUAAAAAACCAGACUUAGAGACCUAAUGUUGAAGAAGGAUCACUAGUUCUUUGCAAAUGACCAGCCAUGAUGAGGAUGAGAGCAACAAAUUUGUGCCAGUAAAGUUCUUGUAAUUUCUGAUCUGUUUUAUUUGUAAAGUUACCUAGUCUUGUUUUGUAUAUUAAUUAUUCAAAAAAAUGGUUCAUAUUUGUAGAGAAAUUUAUGGGAUUACUUGAUAAGAUCCCGUUUAUUUUACACAUUAUAAACAUUAUUAUAAUAACAUUUC